AUGGCUUCUGCCAUCUUUUUCCUGGACUUGAAGGGCAAGACCCUCCUGGCCCGGAACUACAGAGGAGAUAUCCCCAUGUCCGCCGUGGAGAAAUUCCCUGUGCUGCUUAGCGAAGCAGAAGAGGAGUCAUCAGCAGUACCGCCCUGCUUUUCACAUGAGGGAAUCAACUACCUUUACAUCCGCCACAACAACCUCUACCUCCUCGCGCUGACGAAACGAAACACGAAUGCCGCCGAGAUACUUCUCUUCCUGCACAAGCUCGUCGAUGUCUUCACAGAGUACUUCAAGGCCCUGGAGGAGGAAUCCAUCCGCGACAACUUCGUCAUUAUAUACGAGCUCCUCGACGAAAUGAUGGACUUUGGUUACCCCCAGACGACCGAAUCCAAGAUCCUUCAGGAAUACAUCACCCAAGAGUCCCACAAGCUGGAGAUACAGGCACGACCGCCCAUUGCCGUUACGAACGCCGUGUCAUGGAGAUCCGAAGGAAUUCGGUACCGCAAGAACGAGGUGUUCCUCGACGUCGUCGAGAGCCUCAACCUCCUCGUCUCUGCUAACGGCAACGUGCUGCGCUCCGAGAUCCUCGGCGCCAUCAAGAUGAAGUGCUAUCUGUCCGGCAUGCCUGAACUGCGGUUGGGACUAAACGACAAGGUCAUGUUCGAGACAACGGGGCGGACCACGCGAGGCAAGGCCAUCGAGAUGGAAGACGUCAAGUUCCACCAAUGCGUUCGGCUAUCACGAUUCGAGAACGACCGCACCAUCUCCUUUAUUCCACCCGACGGCGAAUUCGAGCUCAUGUCCUACCGCCUCAACACCCAGGUCAAGCCCCUGAUUUGGGUCGAGUGUGUGGUUGAGAGCCACUCGGGCAGCCGCGUAGAGUACAUGGUCAAGGCUCGAGCACAGUUCAAGCGGCGCAGCACGGCAAACAACGUCGAGAUCAUUGUGCCUGUACCGGAGGAUGCCGAUUCACCCCGGUUCCGAACAAACAUCGGCAGCGUACACUACGCACCAGAGCAGGCCGCCAUUGUCUGGAAGAUCAAGCAGUUUGGAGGCGCUAAGGAAUUCCUCAUGCGGGCGGAGCUAGGCCUUCCAAGCGUGCGCGGUGACGAUGAGCAUGGCGGUGGAAUGACUGGUGGCUUCGGAGGAAGCAUGGGUGGUGUAGGGGGCCCGGGUAAGGGUGCAAAGAGGCCAAUCCAGGUCAAGUUUGAGAUUCCUUACUUCACGACGAGUGGAAUCCAAGUGCGCUAUCUGAAGAUCACGGAACCGAAGCUCCAAUACCCGUCCUUGCCAUGGGUCAGGUAUAUCACACAGUCAGGCGACAUCGCAGUGAGAUUGCCGGAUGUUGUGUAG